CAAAACACCAGAACAUUUGGUAAAUUACUGUUUGACCAUCUUUCUAAACGAGCAAUCAACAUGUCUCUACUAAGCGCCUGUGCUUCUGCAUCGAAACGUCUUGUGACCCAAGGGUUAUUCGUGGAAUCUGCUUUUACAGGAUACUUGCGGACAGCCAGUGGAGCAGUGAAGGACAAGGAGCCACUGCGCAAAGCCAAAACCCCCCAGGGCCGUUUCGACAUGAAUGAUGAGAAGACCAAGGAUCCCCUUGAAAAGUUCCCUGAUGAUGUGAACCCAGCCACAAAGGAGCAGGGGGGGCCCCGGGGCCCAGAGCCCACACGCUACGGGGACUGGGAGAGGAAGGGCCGCUGUGUCGACUUCUAGUUUCCAUACCUGGUAUAUUACACAUGCGAUGUGGACAUACCUUAACUUAUAACUUAUGUAUCUAUAUCUAAGGACUGUCGUGCAAGAAACCAGGAACGGUCCACCAUACGGAAUCAGGCUUAAUUAUUUCCCCCUGAACGACACAAUCUGAUGACUGUUCAACAGACUCCAUGUGUAUGAAUUUGAAAAACAGUCUCUCUUAUAUUGUGUUCCUUUGUUGAAAUGUAUGAUGAUGACAUAGUGAAUGCUUGUUAUGGUUAUUGCUUCCUGUACAGAAAUUUGAAUGUUGUGAAUAAAAUGAAAUGUUUCUGGAAAA